GGUCUUCCUGGGAGGACAGAGGGCGGCGCGCCAGUGGCCUUGUGCAAGCGACGAGGUGUGGCGCGGCGCACCUCGGCUGCACGCACGUCCAAGCCACUCUGCAGCAGCGGCACGAGAAAAGGUGAGGCAGCCAAAGAUGUGCUCCACUCAAGCAGCGCGAGCGUCCAGCGUCUGGUCGCAGCAGACAAUCUACCACUGGCACCAGGCGGCCCACUCUGCAUCCUCUUCCUCUUCCUGGCCACUGCUCGCGUAUGGUAUGCAGACUCACCAGGACAGAUGACGGCCAUCAUCGGCCGCAUUAUCAGCAGCAGCAAUGACCUAGCAAGCUCCCAAGCCUGGGAAGACGAUGCCGCAGAGGUGAACUCUUGGCAAGUCCACGCCCUGCACUCUCAGCCGGAGCAGAGGGAGAAGCGUGGUUCUGGACGCAGGCGGUGGAAGUCUCAUCGGCUGCGGGGAAUGAUCAAGAGUGUCCAAGCUGCCUUCGGCUGCACUGUGAGAUCAAUCGAGGACUCAGGACAGGGUCAUCGAGGCCUCGAAGAUCUAUCGGAAUCAAGAAGGAGUAGGGAGAAGACAGCGACAGAAUCUCACACAACUUCGUGCACUUCUCGACUCGAAGCCCGUCAGCCGACUUCUCGAUCUCACUCUAUUCCUUCAUUGCAUGUGCCCACAAUGAGGCAUCUGUGUCACCUCAAGUCCUUCUGGCUCGAUCGAACUCGUCACAAGCCGGUCUUCCUUCCCUGGCUGAUCCUCCCCUUGGUGAAGCUACAUCGGCUAUGGCCCACUGCACCAGCAUCGCAACGGAUUCAAUAUUGUGGGGACGCUCAGCCCCGGAGUCUAUCUGUGCACAAUUACAAAGAAGCGGCUAUUGUCGGAAGUACAAGGGCAAGGGGUACAGUAGGCUUGAGGGUCCUCUUACAUAUGGCGCAAGGCGAGGCGCAUCCGUUCAGCAGUCACUUGGCUCGAGAAAAUGGCUCUGCAACAGUCUCCCUUACCCAAUCCGUCAAGUCACCGUCUUCACAAAAGUCGGUCCUCGAUCGACCCAACCAUCUUCGACAUGCUCCCUCUACAUGCUCCCUCUAUAUGCUCCCUCUGCCCUCAUCGUGACCUCUGGCCCCUGUGGCUUGUGUACUUCCCCCUCCAUGUGUCCUUUGUGCCCGUCCUCAUGUCCUCUCUUUGUGCCUGUGCGCUUCCAAUCCAUCUCCGCAGCCAAGCAGACUAGCAAAGACCGCCCCUCG